CUGGCACGUGGUAUCUCUGGACCACCGUGGCUGACAGGGGCCCCCGUCACUCUCAUGGCUUGGGCAGGAGCUCACGGGGGGUGGGCUGUCUGGGAGAUGGGCCCUCCUGGGCCACCCUCCUGAGGGACAUCUAGCUCCAGCCUCACUCCUCUGGCCUUUGAAAGAAGCCCUCGGGUCCCCCUCUCUCUGCCUGGCACGAGAGUCUGGCGCCCAAGUGCUGGGCUGAGAGCCCCAGGGCUGCUGCUGCGGCCCGGGGUGGGGGGCUCCAUCAGAAUGCAUGAGGUGGGCGGGUGGCCAGGCAGCCCGUGUGAAGCCAAGAACUUCUUGUGUCUCCAGCAUGACGUGCUGCCUGGGAUAUGCCUAGGCUUGGGCAGCUGCAGUGCUGGGGGCUUCCAAGGAAGAGUGCUUUCAGAAAGGCCAGUUCUUUCUGUGCCCAGAGGCGUGUGGUCAGGAGCGCCUGGGGGCCUCGAUGUUCCUAGCACAAGAUGCCGGGCCCAGUGAGUCCAGCCAUCCCCAGAGCUGCAGCACAGGGCUGUUGUGUCCGGAGCACAGGGUCCUGUCCAAGGCCGGCACUGGGGGCCCCGCACCGCCCUUGCUCCCAGGUCCCAGGAGGCGGGGAGGCUGUGAGCUCUGCCAGCCCAAGGCCUUCAAAGCCGUGCUCGGUGCCACAGCCUCCGCGGCCCAGACCUUCACUUGUCCAGCGGGAGCUGCUCGAGCCCAGUGGCGCUGUCCCCAUGGCAACAAAGGCCCUUUGGAACGAAUGUCUCCACUGCCCUGCUCCUCCCUGCGGUGCAUUCCCAGGCCUGGAGCCAUGCCCGCUGCCCCCCAGACACGCUGCGGCUCCCCACCAGUCUGUGCCCCGGUGCCCCCACUCCGCUCUUUGGCCUGUUCUGCUCGAGGGCCCUAGUGUCAGUCCUGCUCUGGGGCUUUUCUUUCUUCUGCUUCUUGGCUGUGCCGUGCAGUUUCUGGGACCUCGGUUCCCCACCCAGGGAUUGAAGCCAGGCCACAGUAGUGGAAGCCCGCAAUCCGAACCCCUAAACUGCCAGGGAGCUCCCUCUAGGGCUUUUCCUUCUUGCUCCACAGGGUGGUGUUUGCUGUGGGAUUUGGAGAGAUUAGCUGCAUAGCCUUAGCAGUUUGAGGACUCUGACAGGCCAGUGGGUCCCUGCCUUGGGCUCUACCUGCUUGGCCCCUCCAAGGCGGGCUGCACUGUGGCCACAAGAGGGGCUUGGGACUUCCCUGGUGGCGCAGUGGUUAGGAAUCCGCCUGCCAAUGCAGGGGACAUGGGUUUGAGCCCUGGUCCGGGAAGAUCCCACAUGCCGUGAAGCAUCUGGGCCUGCGUGCCGCAACUACUGAGUCUGCGCUCUAGAGAGCCCGCGAGCCACAACUACUGAGCCCGAGUGCCACAACUACUGAAGCCUGUGCACCACAACUACUGAGCCUGCGCUCUAGAGCCUGCGAGCCACAACUGCUGAGGCCCUCGCGCCUGGAGCCUGCGUUCCUCAACAGGAGAAGCCGCUGCAAUGAGAAGGCCCCGCACCGCGACGAAGAGUGGCCUCGGCUCACUGGAACUAGAGAAAGCCUGCGCGCAGCGGCGAAGACCCGACGCAGCCAAAAAUAAAAUAAAAUAAAAAAGUAAUAAAGACACUUAAAGAAAAAAAAAGAAGAGGGACUUCCUGCCUGGCACUGGGCUGGGCAUGCCUUCGUCAUCCUAACCAGGAUGCAGACCUGCUGGACUGGCCUGGCAGGGUGGCAGUGCCAGCCGCUGGGCCGGGACACACCUGCCCUGAGUCCCUUUGGACUCAGUUUGUGGAUGAGUGUGGCAAAACCCAGCGUCUCAGGUCAUAGGAUCACUCAACAGGUGUAGAGGUGUGCCAGGAGCUGCCACCAGGAGGGGCACCUGUGUGAGGGUCAGGGAGGCCCCCAGUGACCAGGGGUUGGCUGCGGCCCAGCGGGGCACCCCCCACCCCCCAGUGCCCUGUGGGGUUAGCCGUGGGGGGGGGCAGGUAUUUGCUUCUGCUGCCUGGGUUUGCUCGGCAGGUCCUUAGGGGAGGAGGCUGAGGUUAACCCCAGCCGUGCCAGCCUCCUGUGGACAGCGCUUGCCUGGUCUGCGAGAGGCUGCACAGGGGACAGACUGCGGCGGUGGUCGUGAGCUCUAACUGUAAUGACACACUUAAGCCAGAGCCCCAGCCACCUGCUCCUUGAGGGUGUUCUGCGAAACACUGCUGGGGCCCGUAUGGGGCGGUGGGUGCGUGUCCACCCCCCGGGCCUCACUUGGUCCCUGCUUGUUCCAGUCUUGGGGGGAGGGUGGUGACAUCAGUCAGCUGGAUCCCAGGCCCCACCUAAGCUGCCGCAGCCCUUAUCCUGACAGGGAAACUGAGGCCCAGGCUUGCCCACUGUGGACCUCUCUGGGUUUCCAGGCCGCUGCCUCUGCGACCCCAGGGUCCCAAGCGCAGCCGCUGCCCCUUUGCCGUGAAGCGCUCUCCUUCCAAGACCACGGCAGCCCCACCACUGCCCCUGCCUCAGAUCUGGCCAGGGCACUCUGGAGUGACUCCCAGGCCCCGGCCGCCCUACCUGCCCUACCCUGGGGCUGCCUGCCCAGGGCUUCUCGGAGCCCAGCACCCGAGGGCGGUGCCCAAGGCGAGGCCCUGCCCCCACCUUCCCUGCCUCACAGCUCCAUUGUGAGGUCAGCGCCUUCCGAUGAGUUCUGUCCAGAGGCGUGGAGAUGGCUCCCUGUCUCCAGCCUGACUCCUGCCUGGUUGGCUGCCCCCUCGGCCUGAUAUGUUUGUCCCUUUUGCUCAUCCCUGCUGCAGCUGGGACCUACUGUGAGUGUAGCCUUGGCCUCAGCCGCAAGGCCCUCAUUGCCCUGCUGGUGGUGCUGGCGGGUAUCAGCGCCAGCUGCUUCUGCGCUCUCAUCAUCGUGGCGGUUGGCGUCAUUCGAGCCAAGGGUGAAAGAUGCCCCGGACACAUGGAGAGCAGGUUGGUGGGGCACUGCGGGGCUCAGGAAGAUCACAUGGACCUGCACGCGGUGCACAUGGGGUCCCACCUCAUGGCCCCUGAAAUGGAGGUCUCCAUGAUGCCGCCCCUGGAAGAUCACGGCCUCACGACCAUCACCGUGGACUCGACCCUAGAGGAGCUGCCCCCACAACCCCUGCCGCCUCAGUAGGGCUUUGGGCAGCUGGGGGAAGGGGAAUUAAACAGUAGUUAGCAGG